AGUAGCUGGGCGCCUGUAGAGAAUUGAAUCGCGCAGACUCCGGAAAAAUAAUAAACAAAAGGAGCGAUGGAUCUUUUCCACCGAAGCUGCUUGAUAAUGUGUUGUAUUGUAUCGCAGCUUGGUUGAGUGUUGUUACUCGUGAAACAACACCUCGGGUUAAAAAAUGACAGAAGGGAGUGUUACUAGAAUGAAGCGCAAUGGCGCUCGUCUCUUCAAAAACCCUCCUCAGCCUCAUAUGUGUAUACAAGACUUCAUACAGGGUAUUGCAGUCCCAUGUUAUGUAAAUGUUUUAUCCUGGGAAAAAAUUGCAAUGCCGCUAAAUCCUUCUCAGCCUGUACCAUUUUAUGGGGGAAUGAGGGUCAGACCACCGCGUACAAAAGAAGAAGCCAUAGUGUUUGCAGUGAUGGCUAAUCCAGAGGUUCUUCGAAUAAAUGGCAAGAAUGCACAAGAUCCAAAGAAACGCACCAGUUUAAUAGAACUUUUAUUAGACUUUGUGGAAACAGUUAACGCGGGAGUGAUUUUUACGCGGCAAUAUACGAUACUAAAAGAUCGUGAUAUCACUGGCGAAUUGAAGGAAGUAUGGAAUGCAGUGCAAGCUAGACGGGAUUUAGAACAACCUCCUCCACAACAGGAGACUUGGAUCGACGCGCAACCACCUGUUCUUCAGUAUCCUCAGUAUCAGGAUCACCAGCAGCAGGACUAUACAUCUCAACCUCCACAGUAUCAUUCGAGUUUAGCAUAUGGUAGGGCAAUGAAUAACGAAGGUAUGCAUUAUGAUAAUUGCGGUCAUCAGUCUCAGAAUCAAGUAAUUACACAGAACGACCAGAUGUAUCAGUCUGGGCAAAUGGUAUCACAACAAUAUCAUGGAAACGUUCCUCGGAUCACACAGGAUCGUUAUAAUUAUAGAGAAUGCGGUAGGGAUAAUAUUGUACAGAAUAUUCCACAACAAAACUGUCCUGCAUAUCCAGGCCCACAGUAUCAGUUUCAGCAGUUACCUAGGCAAAUGGUGCCUCAGUAUGUCAAUUCAAACGUACAUCCUAACAGCACUCUUAAUUACGAUCCAUCUACAAAUGCGAACGUCAAUCCAAACAUGAACACGAACUUAGGAGCACCUUAUCAACCAUAUAUAACUUACCAACAACGAAUGGAGAAUACAAUGCAUAUCGAUAUGUGCAGAAUGCAACCACAACAACAGCAGAUACGUUUGAAUCACGUUCAGCCAGUUCCACAGUAUGAAGCAACGGCGUCGUUUAAUCUUCAAACAAUUUCUCCGCUUAACGUUCUGAAAUUAGGCAGGCCACAUAUGGGUGUUGCUCAGAAGAACAAUGCAAGCAAGAGACAAAUCAAUUCACCUACUCAUUCCAAACAAUCUUCCUGUACAAACUGUCAGAAGGAUCUAUCCGACAGUGGCACAAAACCGAAGAGCCCUGUUAAGGUUCUGCAACGAGAGUUACCAUCAAAUGAUCGACAAGACACGAACAAUCAUACAUCCAGUAAUAAAGUAUCUCCGGAUAAAGAGACCGUUGAAAAGACGAAAAAUGUCCAGGUGACAGACUUAGACGAAGAUGUUAAAAAGACUAAUGAUUCCGAUGGUGAAACGACUGAAUCUACUAGAAAAUCAAACGAUACUCAUACUUCAGAUUCUGCUUCGACGAAUCCUGAUCAAAAUACAACAAAUUCCGUUGAAAACACGCCUGAAGAUAAGCACCAAGAAGUAAAGACCACGGAUCUUCCAAACGGUCAGAAUUCAUCUGAUCAAAAGUAUUCAAAGCCAAAAGGUGCUGCAAUGAAAGGGAACAAGUACAAAGAAAACACAGAAAGUAACAGAACGAAUCGCAUUAGAUUCAUUUCUGAUCAGAAAAAUGAUAGUCCAAAACGGUCUCAGACAACUGUUAAUAGCAUUAUAAAAAGUGUGUUUAAAAUUCACCCUGGUAUGUCUGGAGAAGAAACUUCAGGCAAAAGGAAAGCCAAUGGACAAGCUAAGAGUAAUGCUAAGACGAACGGUGAGAACGAAGAAAUACAUCAAGGAUAUACGAUAUUGAAGAAGACGGAGUCAACUACUCAGGAAGAGAUAGCUAACGAGCUAACUCAACUAUCCAUUCAAGACUGCAAAGAUGCUACUGAAGUUAGUCCCGUGCUCUCGUGAUAGCCUAGUUUGUAGCUGGUACUAAGUACUAGCUCAUAGCUAAAAGAGCAGUGAAUUUAAUGUAAAUAGGUAGAACAUUAAUCAAUAAAAAAGAAGUCAAGAGUGAAACAGAUGCUAAGAGGGGGACUCGAAAGCACAAUACACAUAUUAACACGAAAACGUACCAAAAUAUCAGGACACGCAAGAGCUGACCGCCAAUUAUUUUUCGACGAAUCCAUUCGUCUUCCUUCGGAUAAUUUUGACGUAAACGGAUCAUAGUGAAAAGUCCUUCAAAUAAGAAGCUCAAGACACAAAAUUUGAACACAAUAAACGGACUCACCAGUGGAACGAUUCUUAUGACGCAUUAAAAAAGUCAGAGGAUACAUGAUCAUGCACAUUUGCUCAUAGGAUUCAACAAUAAUUUUGCUUCCAGUAAUACUUACCAAUAGCAGCUGAAUAUUAAUUUCACACAGAGGGUGUACGGUUAGAGGUGGUCAUCCUUGUAGGAGGUGGUAGCUAAGAAGAUCUUGAACAACUUUCUCCUUUAUCACAAUGCUCGUUAAGGCUUAGUUUUUAAAUUAUUAAUGAAAAACACCGACCAAUCAGAGCGCACAUACUGCGCGGGUCAUGGCCGCGAAUAAACUACUCGGCGCGUCGCGUCGGUUCGUAGCUUACACUCCCUCGUCUGAGCAUGCGCGCUCUGACUGCUCAGUGUUUUUCAUUAUUAAUUCAAAAACUAAGCCUUAACGAGCAUUUUGGUAAAGGAAAUAGUUGUUCAGAAUCACCUCAGCUACUACCUUAUUAAAGGACGUCCACCUAAAACCGAACACUUCGUAUAAAACACUGAUACACUGACCAAGCAGAAUCCUGGAACACCAUCAAUGAUCCUAUACUGGAUGCAUAAAGAAGAAUUGCAGUUUACAAUUUUGGAUUUGACUAGACACACACUCUGAAUAUUAGAGUGAUGGAAAAUCAAUGAAGUGUAUCGUGGAUUUGAGCAAAAUGUGUAAUUUAAUGCAAGACACUGAGUCGUUCCCGUAGAACAGACCAAGAUAAACAACUUCACCAUGGAGCAACAGCUGGUCAUCGCGUACUUACCUUCCAGCAAAGUAAUUAGAGGAAUUUCGGAGUUAUACCGGGUGGCACAAAUUCGUACAUGUUACAGUAUAGUAUGGAAUCAUAGUACGUAUUAGAUUUACAGCUUAGCAUGUAAGAAUUUUAUUCAAAUCCUCGUCUGCGCGUUAGUGCUUCCUUACAAGGACUAUUUCGUCUCCUUUAUUUUUUCAUACUUGUGCAAAAUCCUUGCGCGUAGAAGUGGAUUUCGAGUGUGUAUUUUAAGAACAAGAAUGUUUUGUCCACUCGGUACAUUCGUUGACUAUAUCGCAUUGUAACCUAUGCCAUAGUUUAUUAGUUGAAAAUAAUAACACAAAGGCUGCCAAACCUCCGUGGAUCAUGAUUGUAAAAGGUGAUGCACAGAGGGAACGUUACACAAAAAAAAAAGAAAAAAAAAAUACAAUUUAGACAGCUUAUUCUCGCUGACUCGUGCACACAGUUCUGCCGUUCAACUUUUUAGCAUGCCUAAAGAGGCUUUCGAUGGUUCGCAAAAGCAUAGAUUAAAGGAUGGUUCAUUUUAAAAUACGUGGAUGGUCAAUUAAUAAACAUGGCUUUGUUCACGAGGUGCACGAAUCCAGUUAGUUGAUAUCUAAUUACAUUCGAGGCCUCUGCAAAUUCGACGUGUCGUGUUGCUUUUUUAAUCAAACGUAAAGCAUCGCUGCCAUGCGAAACGACAUAGUCUUAUGAAAUUUAUUUAGCGUUAUUAGACCAGUGUCGUGCCGUAACGUUCUUGCAACGUGAAUUGCAUGCUUUGAUAUUUUAACGAAAACAAUAUACCGUGGUUCGUUCACAGCCGAUAAAAUGAGGAAGAAUAAUGUUCAAGAAACGUCAGCGUGUUCUGUCCCUGAAUAGAACUGAACCAAUUAAUCGCAAACACCCAUUUCUGUCGUUAUCCCGAAUGUUUUCUUUUUCUUUUAAUUUUUUCUUUUAAAUACUGUCCAUAAUUUUUUUUUCUUUUUUUUUUUUUUCGUUUAGUGUAUUCGAGGUGCUUCGUUAGUAAAGUUAAGAUCUCAGCUCGUGAAUAAUUAGUUAGAAUUGAUAAUUAUGGCGCCAGUGGGAAAGGACCAAUCCGCAAAGACCAGGGUGCAAUUUAACAAAUUUCCAGAUGUCUGGAAACCACGUACAAUUCCUAAAACGAGCUGGUUCUCGAGUGGAAAAAGAAAUAUGCUCGAUCCUUUUUUUUUUUUUUUUU